UUCCAUCCAGUCUUUCAAUGUGUAUAUAUUACAAACCAAGAUUUUAUCAAACUUUUCAAAUUUGACAAGUAAUUAAACUGUCCCAGUCUGUAGGGCAGAUUUUCACCGAAAGCGUGUUUCUGGGGCGUUAAGACUUUAUUUAGGUUUUUGAACGUGAAACGUGAAACCUAAAACAAGGAGACACGGGUAUAUUGGAGAAAUAAAAUCUGGCAGUAGUCACAGUAGAAUUUGAUUCAAAACAGUAACAACAUCCGCACUAUGUCGACAGACAAUGGAAUCAAGGUCCCUCCACCCCGCGGGGAGAACUCUGACGUCAUCGUGGCGUGCUGUGCAGGCCCCCUCCCGUCUAAAGAGCAGGGUGCGGAGGUCAGUGACAUCGCGCGGCAGCUGGAGUACCGUGUGGAGGACAGUCCCCCCCUACACCUCUGCUGUCUGUACGGCCUACAGCAAGUGCUGCUGAGUAUCAGUUCCACCAUCUCCAUCCCGAUCAUUGUGAGCGGCUACAUCUGCGCGGGGGACAUGGAGCUGGUCACGGCGGAGAUCAUGUCCACCUUCCUCUUCAUGUGUGGCGUGUGUACAUUCCUACAGUGCACUAUUGGAGUCAGACUUCCGAUCAUCCAGGGAGGCUGCCACAAGUUUAUUCCCGCCAUUGCCGCCCUCAUGAGUCUCCCGAUGUGGAAGUGCCCGAUUAUGAAGGUUACUGCAGCAAACAUGAAUUCGACCAACGGUAGCAGUAACAAUACGGUACUACCUUAUUCCGACCCCACGGAGGUCUGGCAAUCACGACUCAGAGAGAUUCAGGGUGGAAUCAUGCUGGCGUCUCUAACACAAGUGUUGAUUGGUGCCACGGGUCUGCUGGGCUGGCUGCUGAGGUUUAUUGGACCAAUGACAAUCGUUCCUACAAUCACACUGGUGGGGCUGUCUCUGAUCAACGUGUCCAUACAGUUCUGUGAGACCCAGUGGGGGAUAGCAGCGCUGACCCUGUUCCUUGUAGUUCUAUUCUCCCUCUAUCUCGGUAACAUCACCAUUCCAAUGAUGGUCUACCACAGAAAGGAAGGAUGUGUGAGGAUCAACUACCCAGCAUUCAAACUACUUCCGGUUAUCCUGGCGGUGCUGUUGUCCUGGAUGGUGUGUGGGAUUCUGACGGCGGCCAACGUCUUCUCUGACAACCUCAAAGACCUGGACUACCACGCCAGAACGGACGCCAGCGUCCGCGUCUUACAGAACGCCAAGUGGUUCUUCUUCCCGUACCCAGGUCAGUGGGGGAUGCCGACACUCAGUGCGGCCAGCUACAUGGGAAUGAUGGCGGCCACACUGACGUCCAUCAUAGAAUCCGUCGGAGAUUACUACGCAUGUGCAAGAAUAUCCGGCGAAUCACCGCCGCCUGCGCAUGCUGUGAACAGGGGCAUUGCUAUAGAAGGUUUUGGCAGCCUUAUAUCCGGAGCUGUAGGAUCAGGGGGCGCGACAACAUCGUACAGUCAAAAUGUCGGCGCCAUUGGAUUCACAAAGAUUGCAAGUAGAAGAGUUUUUCAAGCGGCAGGGAUUAUCUUCCUUCUCUGUGGAAUAUUUGGAAAAUUUGGCGCGCUGUUGACAAUGAUGCCCAAGCCGGUGUUGGGUGGAAUCGUUGUCAUUAGUUUUGGAAUGGUUACUUCCGUCGGACUUUCCAGCCUACAAUUCGUAAAUUUGUCAUCGGGUCGAAACCUGUGUAUAAUAGGAUUAUCCUUAUUACUGGGGCUUAUGAUCCCAAGUUAUCUCGAGAAAAGGAAGGGUGUCAUAAAUACAGGUAACAGAGAGGCGGAUCAGGUGAUUGUUGUGUUACUAAGUACCUCCAUGUUUGUGGGGGGCGUGGUCGGGUUCCUGCUGGACAACACAGUCCCAGGUACCCCUGAAGAGCGCGGGAUGCUGAAAUGGAAGAAACAGAUGUCGUCUGAUACAGCAGACGACAAGAGACGACGUCAGCGGGUCUACGAUCUUCCUUACGUCACCGACUUCCUCUUUAGACACAAGUUCUUUCAUUACAUUCCAUUCCUACCAAGUUUUAGGGCGUUCCGUCAUACCAAAGACAAUUCUAAAGACACAAAGGAAUGAAAAUCUCAACGAAAUCCAUAUCUGGGUAUUUGAAUACAUACUCUGUAUAGGGCUUCCAGUUUUUCGUGAUUUGAUCAUUUGUGCUUGAAUCAGAUGAGAGGGAUCUUUUAGGAUUUAACGAGAAUAUACGGUCUAUAAUCUGUGUCAAUCUUGUGAUACAAUGCUUCUUGUUAAAUUGAUAAAGUUUAUGUUUUCCAAUUUCCGGUCAAUAAUCAUUGCUUCUAAUUAUUCAUUGUUUUCCCCCUUAGAUACAAAUUAAUUUGUGAAUGAUAGCAAUGUAUAUUCUGCGUCAUUUUUAUCUCUUAAAAGGUUAGUGGUAAUACGAAUUCCAUAAUGUAAACAAAUUAACCUAUUUACUAUACUGUGGCCGUUCUCCGUAAAAGUGCCUUCAAUUUUUUUUUUAUUUGUAAUUCUUUCAUAGGGUGGUAUUCACCACAGGUAAAUCUAGAUGAUCUGCAUGUGUGAUGGGAAAUAUAUUGUGUAGCUAUUGAUAGAUCGCAUAUUUUAAAAAUAUUAUACUUAUUUACUUGUUAGAUAGUGAAAACUUUAUGUAUUUCAUGAUUUUUAACAUUUAUAGAAUUAUGUUUAGGUAAUGAUCUAUGGCAUUUGUAAUCGAUAAACUCAGUUGUUAUGAGUGGUACAUGUAGUUUCAAUUUAAAGAUGAAGUCUUUGUUUAAAAAUAUGAUAUACAAAAUCAGACUCUUUAUAUAUAAGAGUUUCAGAUAUUUUUUAUACAUGUGUUGUGGAAUAAUUAAAACAAACUAUUGUUUAAUAUAAAUAUCUGAUACGAUAUUAAAAAUCAAUCAUUUUUUAAUGAAAUUUGAAAUAAAUCAAGUAAUGAU